UUUGUUGGCUCGAGCCUUAAUUACAUGGGGAACAUACAAACAAUGAACUAGGAUUCCAUUGGAUGAACUUGCGAAAAUAGUUUAGGGAACAAAAAAUUAUAUUUCUAAACCCUUCAAAUUCCAGGAUUGUUUGAGCUAUAAAUAACGGCCAAUUGAUCACUCCAGUGAAAUCACAAAUCAAUUGUUACCGCUAAUCUGAAACCGAUGAAAGAUGGAGGACAUUCGCCGUCUCCAUGUCGAUGAUUUCUACUUCUCUGCUUUAUAUGACGAGGAGGAAAUAUUUCCAAUAUCGGACGAAAAAUAUGCACUAGAAGUGCAGCUCCAAGAAGUCCUAGUGAUCUCAUCAAGUGUUUCAUUGCGGAGCAAUGCGUCUACCCGAUUUCCUAUCGCCGGAAACACCAGCUUUGGAAAUUGGGAAGCUGGCGAAUGUUCUCGGGUUUUCUGCCCCAUUUGUAUGGAAGAGAAAUCUUCAAAGGAGAUGUUCCGAGGCUCGUGUUGCACUCACUCGUUCUGCAUGGAAUGCAUGGGUCAGUAUGUAGCAUCCAAGAUUAAGGAGAACGAGCCAACCGUCACCUGUCCCGACAUGAAAUGCAAAAGCAUCCUCGAACCUCAUGUUUGCCGCUUGAUACUUCCCCAGGAAGUGCUUGAUAGAUGGGAAAACGUGCUGUCCGAGUCGCUGAUCCUCGGUUCUCAGAAGUUCUAUUGCCCUUUUAAGGAUUGUUCGGUGAUGCUGGUGGAUGAUGGAGGCGAAGUUGUGACAAUGUCGGAGUGUCCAAGUUGCCGGAGGCUGUUCUGCGCGCAGUGUAAGGUCGCGUGGCAUGUAGGAAUGGAUUGUAAGGAGUUUCAGAUGAUGAAGAGAGGAGCGAGAGAGGAAGAUUUGGACAAGAUGAUGACAAAACUUGCUGAGAGCAAUAGAUGGAGGAGGUGUCCCAACUGCAAGUUCUAUGUGGACAAGGUUGAUGGUUGUCAGCACAUCUCUUGCAGAUGCGGACAUCAGUUUUGUUAUGGCUGUGGAGGCAGCUGGAGAAUAAGUCAUUCCUGCCUUGGCUCGAGAAUAAGCCGCAGCAACAGAUGAAUAGCUCAG